AUGUACUCUGCUAGCGACCAAAUGAUGUUCCAAUGCCCUCCUAGGCCAUUGCCAAUGGAGAGUAAAUGGAAAUCCAAUGUCGAAGUUGCUCCAAAUUGCCCCCGUUGUGCUUCUUCGAACACGAAAUUCUGCUACUACAAUAACUAUAGCUUGUCACAGCCUAGGUAUUUUUGCAAGGGUUGUAGAAGGUAUUGGACAAAAGGAGGAUCGCUAAGAAAUGUUCCUGUGGGUGGUGGUUGUCGCAAGUAUCGCAGAGCCAAGUCCUCUAAGGUCUCCCAGAAUGAACGUGCUGUGGUGUCGGUGAAUGAUAGUUGGACUCAUAAGACAUCAGCUUCUUCCUCGAAUAAAGACUCAAUGGCUCAACAAGGUGGAGCCAAUGGGUCCGAUAUUGAUCUAGCUGUUGUUUUUGCUAAGUUCUUGAAUCAAGACUUGAGUUAUGAGCCAGAGUUUAUUGGUACUGAAGAAUUGCGUAAUGAUGGCAGCGAUCAAUUGGUUAAUGUAUCGAAUUCUUCAACCUCAUCUGACAGUUUCCAAAAUGAUGCGAUGAUGGAAAACUUGAAGCGGUCUGAUCUGACCCAAGAAUCCAAUUUACUUGAAGGGAAAUCUCAGGUACUUGUAGGAGAGAAGGAACCACCACUUGAAGAAGAGAGAAUUCAAGAAAUCAUAGAAAGUCAAGACAUGAAUGCAUUUGGCUUGCAAAAUUUACUGAGCGAUGAAAUUGUACAAGAUGCUUUGUGGUCUGAUGAUGCAGCGUUGCCUAAUGUUCCUAAUUGGCAACCUAUGGUGCAAUUGCCAGAAUUUGAUUCAUUUUCAAUGGAUGAUCGACUAAAGAUUUCGGCCAAUUUUAUCAGCGAUAAUAAUUGGAGUUCUUUGGAUCUCUCGGGGUUUGAGGUUUUUUUAGGACCUUGA